CGACCAUUACCGCGGCAAGUUUAAAAUUAAAGAUGGCGACCUGAAAUUGCAUGGAAACAAAUGCCAACUUGUUCGACAGAGACUAUUUUAUGUACUUUAUCAAUUAUCGUUAAGUUCCUUCACUGAGAGAUUUGUAAAAAAUCGUUAGAUCUGAUUCCAUAGAGAUUAAUAAAUCAGGAUCAAACUUCAAUAAAUUUUGUUACCAUGGAAACAGCUUCUUGUGUUAAGCAUGUCAUAAUGGCUGCCAACCAAUAUAAAAACAGUAAAACAGAUGGCAACUUGGUAUAUCUACAGAGGCAGCUAGAGAUUCUGGUUGGUAGUUUAUCAUCAAGAACUUCUACAUUGAAGUUUUUUAACCUGAGGAAUUUAUUACCUGUAGAAUGUUUAAAUGCUGUGAUAGAUAUUCUGAGAGAAUCAAGAGAUUUAAAGCCAGGUCUACUCUCCAAAUGUAUCUCUCUGUUCCAGCAUCUAGCACAAGACAGUGAAAUAAGAGAAGCCUUCCAUGAUUCCUUUCACCUUACACAGUGUCUAGCUACUGUCAUCAAAACACAUGCUGGUAUACCAGGGGACCAUCUCACAGUGGAGAUAUUGAAUGUUUUACAGAGGAUAACAUAUGGACACAAGAUAAAUUUCCAGGACAGUUAUGUUGAAGAUUUGUUACAUUUUGUUUUGAAAAAUAUAACUAACCCCAUUACAGAAUUUACCUUACCUUGUCUCGGAUUAUUAGUCAAUCUGUGUAGAGAUAACUUUGCCACACAGUCUUAUAUUAAAAAUAUGGAAGGAUCAAGGAAUUUGUACAAGACAUUGAUGUCUUAUUUAGACGACCAGAACUUAACAAUGAUGAUAUUUACAUUGUCGUGUAUAUCAUAUCUGUGUUUACACCAAGACAUAGGACAACAUGUGUUUAAUCCAAAGAAUGUAAAGAGGACAUUCCAGUUGAUGUUUAAUAUUGUAUUAAAAGGAGACACAGGGACAACGAGACAGUAUGCUGUUGAUUUGUUUUCAGAUUUACUCAAAAAUCAAAAUAUUCAGCAGUCACUUGUAGAAUUUGAGAAAUUGAGUUCUAGCAUAGAAAAGGUGCUUAAUUUGGUAGCUACCAGUACUGCAGAGUCAGUGGUAAAGAUAUUUGAACUUCUGCUGUCCCUGUCUGCUAUAGAAGGCAUUAGACCAAUAAUAUGUCGUUGUAUUUUAUCAACAUGUUCUGUACAACAAAGAGAUCACUAUGCUGAAUUAGCCCAGACACCUGUCUCUCAGAUCAAAGAACCACUGUUUGCUGUUGUUCACUGGGCGUCACAACCAGCCGAGUCACAUGACCAGGCAUCAUUAUAUGCUAUAGACUUUCUGGCGGAAUUUUAUGAGGAAAUGAUUUACUCCAACACAAGAAUCCAGUACUCUGCUCAUGCAGACCUUGUUUUGCCAUUGACCUUACAAGCUCUCAGUACGAGGAUUGAAGGAGAGAGUCAUAUAAUGAAGAGAAUCAGUAGAAAGAUCAUAAAGGCUUUACAACUGAGUAUUGUGUUGACAGGAGAAGAGGACAUAAAGAGAAAGUUGGUCGGUAUGGUGGAUAUGCAGAUGUUUUCUAAGUUACUGGAUUUCCAGUUCUCUAACAAUAAAGUGGCUUUAAAUUCAAGCAAAUUUACUCUGGUUACUGAUGAUUUAAGCGACAUUGGUGUAGAGAUUGUGAUGUAUGGUUUGGAUUUGAUGGCAAAAUUAGCAAAAAAUCUACCAGAGGUUGAUGCUUUGUUUUCAUCAAGUUUACAAGACAGUAGAAUUGUGCCUUUCCUGUCCGCUGGUCUGACAAGUGACAAUCGAACAGUAGUACAAGUCACCUUACAGAUCAUUUGUUUUGCUUCAAUGUUUGAUGCAUUUCCUACAGUUUUACUUGGUGAUGCUUUGACUGCAAGUAAUUGUAAGAAGAAAGAAGAGUUAAUGAAAAGGGAGACAAUUCAAUCACCUGUUCAAUAUCAUAUGCCAGUUUUACAUAGUUAUGAGAACAAGGAGAACAUAAACCAUGACGCCAGUAGGAUAUCUAUACAGGAUGCUACGAGACUGUCAGACCAGGAUGCUUCAGUUCAAUCUCUUAUUGACAGGAUGCAGUCCGGCUUUGAGUUGAAGGGAGCUAACUCCUCUGAGAUUAUAGACCUGUAUGAACAUAAGAUACAGUCUCUACAGACAAAAGAAGAACAACUUCAAGACUUGUUGGAAGCCAAGAGUUUAGCUCUCACACAGGCGGAUAGAUUGAUAGCUCAGCAUAGGUCCAGAAAAGCUGCUUACGAGGCUGAGGCUGCUAAAAUGAGACGAUUACUUCACUCCUCUGAGAUCAACAGUGAGAAAUGCAAAGAAGAAAUUAAUGAGAUCAAAUUAAAGAAGGAACAUCUACAAAACUCACUGGAAAGCGUGAUGGAGGAGAAAUCUCAGUUAGAACAAGUAGCAGAGGAACACCAACAAUUAACAGCAGCUUAUACAGAACUGUCAGAAAAAUAUACCUCUGUAGACAAGUCAUUGUUGUCAUUAAAACAAGAACAUAAGACAUUGUCAGAGAUGCAUGAAGUGUUACGGAAACAUGACGAGAAUCUUAAAGAGCAAUGUGAUAGUGCAUCAGAACAACUGAGUAAGCUGGAGGCUGAAAGGAAAACUUUAAAUAAAACUCUAAAGGAGAAAGAAUCAAAACUCUCAGAACUGACGAAGACUCACACGAAAUUACAAAAGGAUUUUAAGACUUCUGAGAGUGAGAGAGAGCAGUUAGAGGAAGCUGUUGAUAAAUAUAGAGCUAAUAUGGCUCAGUUAGAACAGACAAAGAAACAAUUUCAACAUCAGGUCUCAUCACUAGAGCUUCUGUGUAGACAACAUGAAACCAAUAUUGACAACAAAGAUAAAGAACUUGUAGCAUUGAAAGGAGAAGUUGACAAACAUCGACAGAUAGCUGCCUUAAUUAACAGUCUUAGUAGUGGGAAGUCAGAAAAUGGAGCACAACAGUAAAUGGAGCACAACCAUAGACAUUUAAUGCAAGACUGACAUAAAUGUAGAUUUACCAUAGAUGAAAUGUAGCAUGGCCAUAGACAUUUAACACAUGAUAGACGUAAAAUGUAAAUUAAUCAUAAAUGAAAGAAUCAUGGCCAUAGACAUUAAACCCAAGAUAGACAUAAGAUAUAGCACUGAUAGAUAUAAAUAUAGUGCUACCUCAAUCAUUAAUAAAGCCAGACCACUGCUCUAAUCAUUGACUUUACUCAUUCAUCAGAAAGAAAACCAUUUUGAUCCAUGAAAUUUAUUUUGGCAAUGAUUGUUAAAGGUGCUAAAAAUUAUUAAGACAUUACAGGAUAAAAUAUAAUUUUUGUAGAGGUUCUCUGAGUGAGUUUCAAACUAAUUCAUUGUGAGUGAAAUGGUCCAGUUAAAACAUACAGAAAUUGCAGAAAUAAUAUGUUUAAUCCUUAUAUUUAUUAAAUAUUUGAUAAUUUACCUUUGGGGAUCCCGAGUACAAUACAUUUCGUUGUUUAGUUUAUCUUAUAAAACAUUGAGUGGAAUUUGAAGCCAUCGUGUUGUUAUAUUGGUUAUGAACGUAGUAUUAGGCCAGUUAAUAUGUGAUCUAUUUAUAAAGACUGCUACUAUAAAGCUAAUGUGAUAUGUAUAUUAAUUUUUAGUGACAAAACUUUAAGUGUUUUGUAUUUUAUAAUGUAACAUAUAUCUCACUAAAUGUAUGAUUGUUGUACCUCAUGACUAAACUUUAAUUGUUUUGUUUUUUAUAGUGUAACAUAUAUCUCAAUGUACCUCAAUUAACUUGAUUUUCUGAUUUAUAACUAUAUGCUAGGAAUAAAGUUUAAUUUUGAUCUGUUGCCAUGGUUUUAAUUCAACAACAAAAAAACAUAGAUAUGUUUAUAUCAUGCAAUGUCUCAAUUUAACUCUUUCAACAUACUUCAAUAUGUCUUAAAUAUAUGUUAUUAUGUUUGAUAUCAAAAUAGGUUUCAGGAAACUAUAGCAUCUUGGUUUAACUUUCUGUAUAACAAGUUAAAAACAUGAGAACAUCUGUACUAUCUUAGAAUUUCUCUAUUAAAUCUUUCUCCUAUUAUAAUUGUGACAUUUUUUCAAUAUGACUUAAAAUUACAAAUCAUUAAGAAUAAAAUGUUGUUAUAAGUAAUGAUAAGUAUGUUUAGCUGUUAAGUAUUGAUGGAAACUGUUUUUAAAUUGACAGCCAUGUUUCCUGCAUGCUCAAGCAUUAAGCAUGUUGUAUAUAUGGAAUUUGUCAUAAUUAUUUAUUGAUUUUAUACCUUACUAUGUAUCUCUUGUAACUUGUUUCUGACGCAUUUAUUUUCAUGAAAUAUUUUGCACUUUCCUAUAAAAUCAAAAUAAAUAGUUAGAUUUA